CCCGGCCCGGCCCGGCACGGCACGGCGCGGGAGGAUGCGGCCGAGCGCGUAGGGGCUGUGCCAUGCCCGGCGCACCCCGCCUCUGCCCCGGCAAUGGACCAGGUUUCUUCUGUGGGCACUGGACUUCCAGCUACCUAUGCCUAUUGCCUGUGAUGGAAGAACUUGAUGUUAAUGUGAGUUCCAGUGAGAGGUUCAACGUGGCAGAGAAGAUUGCACUGCUCACUUUUAUCUCAGCAGUCAUACUCAUGGCCAUCCUGGGGAACUUGCUGGUGAUGGUGGCUGUAUGCAGGGACAGGCAGCUCAGGAGAAUCAAGACCAACUAUUUUAUUGUCUCACUUGCCUUCGCGGACCUGCUGGUUUCAGUGCUGGUGAUGCCAUUUGGAGCUAUUGAACUGGUUGAGAAUAACUGGAAUUAUGGAGAGAUGUUCUGCCUGGUUCGAACAUCUCUAGAUGUCCUCCUCACCACAGCAUCAAUCCUUCACCUGUGCUGUAUUUCAUUAGACAGGUACUACGCCAUCUGUUGCCAGCCUCUGGUUUACAGGAAUAAGAUGACGCCAAUACGCAUUGCUGUAAUGCUUGGAGGGUGCUGGGUAAUCCCGACAUUUAUUUCUUUUCUCCCCAUAAUGCAAGGCUGGAAUAGCAUUGGCAUAAUAGACUUGAUACAACAAAGGCAGUUCAACAAGGCUUCCAACUCAACGUACUGUGUAUUCAUGGUCAACAAGCCGUAUGCCAUUACCUGCUCAGUGGUGGCCUUCUACAUUCCCUUCCUCCUGAUGGUGCUGGCCUACUAUCGGAUCUACAUCACAGCCAGGGAGCAUGCCCGCCAGAUCCGGAUCCUCCAGCGUGCGGGAGCUCCCACAGAUGGGAGGCAGCACCAUCCCGACCAGCACAGUACCCACCGUAUGAAGACUGAGACCAAAGCUGCCAAAACCCUGUGCAUCAUCAUGGGGUGCUUCUGCCUAUGCUGGGCUCCCUUCUUUAUUACAAACAUAGUGGACCCUUUCAUAAACUACACUGUGCCCGAGCAGCUGUGGACAGCUUUCCUGUGGUUGGGCUACAUCAAUUCAGGGUUGAACCCUUUCCUGUACGCCUUCUUGAACAAAUCUUUUAGACGUGCCUUCCUCAUCAUUCUGUGCUGUGGUGAUGAACGAUACCGAAGGCCUUCCAUCUUGGGACCAGCUGUCCCCUGUUCUACCACCACUAUAAAUGGAUCAACGCAUGUGCUAAGGUAUACAGUUUUACACAAUGGACAUCAUCAGGAACAUGAGAAGCUUCCCAUCCACAAUGACCCAGAAUCCCAGGAGUCCUGUUUCUAACCAAGAACCUGGAAGAGAACAAUCCACCUUCAGGACUGGAAAGUUCUUGGGCUGUAGUACUUUAAUACAAACUCAUUCAUCUUCAUUUUCAUGGUGCCUCUUGUAUGGAUCUGAGAUGAAUGCCCAGCCUCAUGAAUAUGGAGACUCAUGAGGCACAGGAGGGGAUGUAAUGAACAGGAUGAUUGAGGAGACCUCUCUGCUGCUGCAGAAGAAUGUCUGGACCAUGUUAUCAGAGCAGGACCAUAUUUGCAGUGCUUUACAGGGGAAUGCAGACGUACUUCACUGUAUACAAAUAACACCCACACAAACCACGCCCAAAAACAGAGUGCUAUUUUUUGCUCCGCUGCCAUCUUUGCACAGGCCACCUCUUGUUUUUUUGACAAUGAUAUUAUGAUCUUAUAAUUUCAAAAUUUGACUUGAAAACCUAACAUGAAACCAUGGUAAAUUCUUCCUUUAUCUUUUUAAGAUCACACCCACAUAUUAUGGUGCUAUCAGGAGAGGUAGCACUUCCAUAUUCUUUAUUAAAAUGUGAGGUUUUUUUAUACGCUUUAUUUGUGUGAUGUCAGCAUGAACUGCUGAUUUCCUCCCAUCCCAUGAAGUCUGGUUCUGUAGAUGGUUUUUAAGAAGUCUCUUCAACCAAGAUCUCUGUUGGAAGAUUCAUGGAGCAAAAGCAGCCCAUGAAGAUCUGAAACAAGCCCCACAGAGAUGUACUAUAUUUGGUAAGGAUAUAUGGCCCACAGGGACUGUGCAAGUCCCUGCAAAUGCUAUAUCAUCUUGAGCUAAGUGGCCGGAAGACAGCAGUCAUGUUCUGUUCCAUUUCCUGCAAUUAGAUGUGUCCCAAUCUCCUGGCAAGUCAUCAGUGCAGUCCUUAUUUGGGCAACCUUUGGGCACUCCUACUGUAAAAGAAGGUUGGUGAAGAGAUUGGAGAAUAUCAAUCUGUAAUUGAUCACUAAGUGCCAUCUUGAUAAAUAUGUGUCAUCUAAAGAGCUUUCCUAGCUAAAGCUGUAAGAAUAAAUCCCACUUGCAUGAUUUUUUUUGGAUUCCUUCCAGCUCUGAGACUUAUUUAAAAAGUUUUAGAGCUUUCAACUGUUGCUGUACACACUUGUCCCCUUACAAAAAUCUCAGUUCCUAGGUACUUCCUGCAUGCAUGUGUUACUAUUUUUCCUGUAAGAAGAUUCCUCCUUUGCAUGUGAAUGACACGCAUGGCUGUAGAGCUAGGGACCUUGGGAGUCUGAUUUUAAUUGAGGGGGGAAAUGUGCAGGUUCAAGACUGUGAACCUGUAACCUCUUGGAUGAAGAUAUACCCCAAAGAUGACAGCCACAACGUGCAAAACAGAACUGUAUUUUGUUACAUUGUGUUAUCAUGUACAGAUUUUUUAAUGUAAAGAAAAAAAGUUGACAUUAUUUAUUAUUAUUUUUUAAAAGAAUUAAGUGUUUCUCCAUUAAAAGCUUCUAAAUGUGGGAGCUUAACACACACACAUAUAUAUAUUAUUUUAUUAAUGUUCUGUUGCUAUGUGACAGGUACUUACUGUAAAAGAACUACUCUGAACAAAGACAAAAUAUUGCUUAGUAAGAAGUUUUUGUACCUAAGGGCAAGUGGGAUUCCUAUUACCAUGUCUAACUAUCCUUGACUUCCUUGAUAUGUUCUUCUCACCCAGGACAGAGUUGUUGCUAAAGGUUCUGGUUCUCUCCUUUAAUAGUCCUAAAAUGAUGAAAGGGUAGAACUAAACAGUUUUUUUCAUCUAGAAAAUGAGGUGAUUAUAAAUGGGUGAAGAACCAAUGCUUGUGACUCUAAGCACUGGCAGUAAAUGUAACAAGUUUUCUAAAAGAGUGGGCAGGUUACAUAAUAUGAGACACUUAUAGGUUUAUCAUCAUUAGACCUAAGUUCUGCAACCACAUUAUCACAGAGUUGAUUUGCACAUGGUUCAGGCCUCAGUGAAACUGUUUGUAUAAGGAAUACUGCUCACAAGAUUAUUUGCAGAGUGAACAGCUAAGGCUGUAGAACAGAAAGUGAUGGAUCAUCGCAUUCAUCCAAAGUGUCAAACUUCUUCAAAUAAUAUCUAGCAAAGCUUUUUCUCUGUCCCCACAAGAAGGCGCUGGAAAAGACUAGCUGAAGGUCUCUGUAAAUGGUAUGGGACCAGUUGCAUGGUGAUGCAAUGGUAGUGGUGCAAUGGUGUUUCAUCUUUCCUCUCAUGUUCUUGGCCUGUUGUUUACUCUCUAUGUAUUUUAACGUGCUUUGACAAUAUAUCUGGUCUUAAUUUAAGAAAAAACAUCCUCAGUACUGUAUCUUUCUCAUGGAAAACAUUCAACUGAGAUAUUCAACUCACAAGGCAAAAUGGUCAGUGGCUUUGAAACAGAGACCCCCUAUUCCAAACCACUUAGCGUAUUAAAGAAAUACAAAUGUCUGUGUUCUGUGUCACUUCUGGCUAAUGGCUCGUUGAUACCAAGUCCAGGAGGUUUCUGUAAGUUAGCCUGUAACUAGCUACCUGGCAGCUAUCAUCAAGACAACAAUUACAGCAAUGUUUCUGUGCACCCAGUGAAUUACACUGUCAGACACCAAAAUGACCCAGUACUUCUCUGGGGAUUUGGGGUGUCUCAUGAUUGGGACCAGCACCUGGUUCCUUUUCUAAAGCUUCAUUUACCUGCUCGUUGAGUGACUGCAGCAGAUUGGGAGUCUGCCAUUUCAUUGCCCAUUCUGGCUAGUGAGUUUGGAGCCCAUGCCAGGUGCUCAGGUUAUCCAGUUUCAAUCCGAUUCAGCACAGCAGAAGUACAGUGCUGAGUAGUGUGUAAUGCAUCUGCCAUUUUUAUAAAUAAAAUUCCUCUGUGUACAUUG